AGUCGGUUCGUGGAAGUCUGUACAAACUCGACGUUUGCAAACUUUGAGAUUGCAGAGAGUGCACGCUGCACAUAGGGAUCCAUCGCCGGAGUCGUCACAAAGCCGACACCUGGCUCUGGCUGCUAUCUUGAUUUUUUGAUCACGCCUCUGUUGGCUUUUAGGCGCAGCAUGCCGGUACGACAGGGCCCACGAGUAGCCUCUGGCCCUGUGCCUAUCACUUCGGCACCGGAGCAGAGGGGCUCACGGUCGUACGACAGGCGACAUGUCUCUUUGAGCAAUCUGCGCUUUCCUACUUCGCAGCCAAUCGAGAGGCAGAGGCACACAUCAGAGUCGUACCACAGGACAACCGCACGAGAAUCUGACGAGCUGCCAGCAUUUGAUGUCUCGCCGCUCAAGGCAGCCAGACAAGCAGCCAGGCAGGCACAGCUCGAGCCAACGGCGAGCAAACCGUCAAAGCGAACGCACGAAGAGACCCUUGUUGACCUUGGCGCGCCUGCACUCGAUACGAUCCCAGAGCACAGACACAAGAGACCGAGGGCUUCGGCGACAGACUUGAUCGAGGACAUCGGUGUCUUCAAACCGACCGCUGUGCCUGAAGGAGCAGAUGCGAGCACGACGAAAGAUGCAAGGCGACUGCUUGCCUCGCCCACCAGUCCCGCCAAGCGCGCACUGUCUAGCGCUAUAUUUGAUACAACACUUGCCGGACAAUUACCCGCCUGGUCUUAUAUGGGCCCCACUCAUACCGAUGCCCUGCCGACAAAAUCAGAGCCAGGUUCUCAAGCGAGCGCUGUAGCGGCUCCAUCAGCCAGCAAGACCUUCAGUCUAGCGUCGCCAUCAAAAGUCCCCAAGGCGACUGUCCGAGCCAUGUUCGCGGGCAGCACAAGUACCCCUGUGCAUUCCGCAUCGUCCAGCUUGCAGGCACUUGUGCAUAUCACAGAAGCCACGCCAACCCAUGUCUCCACAGCAGGGCCACCGACAAGACCGAACUUGGACCCGCGCACCACUGAUCCCUUGCCUCUGUUGUCGACAUUGGUUCGCCCCGUCAUGCCAAUGCGGCUGGAAUCUGCACCGACGAUCUUGUCGCCUGCAGCCGGCAAGCAACGCAUGCCCGGUCCAGCAAUGCGUCCGCUCAGUCCUCGCAAGCCGACUCUUACGGACGAUGUGCAGCUCCAGCAAGAAUCUUCGCUCUCGCCUGUCGCCUUUCCCUCUAAUUCGAGCGACACCGCGCGCACAAGCGCGAGCCACCUGUCUGCAACAAGCGUCAUGAGCAGUGACAGGCCAAUCGACGCGCGAAUGAGCGUCGAAAGCCGCCAAAGCGCGUCUCCCCCGAAGCCGUCCCUUAGCACGGUAGGCAAGCUCUUGCAAUCGCCGAACAGAUUCCUCUUUCCAUCUUCACCAUCAAAGCGCGCGCAAUCUCUCAGCUUGCCCGUCAGUCCUUCCAGAAGCAAGCCCAUCUUCAGCUUCGCAAGCCCGAGCAAGAGCCCACGAGCGAUCUACAAGGAUGAGUCGACACCCAAGCGCUCGCCUGACAAGCGCUCUGCUUCGACACCCGGCCGUACUUUCUCACGCACUGCAAUGAAUGACUCGACGGCUGCGAAUCUGAGUCACUUGCAGAAGAUGCUCAAUCGGCUGCAAGCCCCAAGAGCUCGGUCUGCUUCUGCCGAGCUUGCCACACCGGCUACUGUUGCGGUACCUCUAUGUCAGAGCGCGCCGGCUCUGCCCACUGUGUCGUCGUCGACCACUGCCAGUCUCGUAGCAAGCACAGACCGUCGAUCCAGGUUGCCACGCUAUGUUGACCGCCAGGUACCUACAAAGCCGCCUCAUAUCGUUGCUCCCAGGCGUACCGAGGACGCUAGCAUUGGCCUUGGCCGUCCACCUAGGGCGGGGCCAUCGAGCAGCCGGACGAGCUCUGCGGCAAUCUUGAUACGAGGCACUAGUCAUGCGAGCCUCCCCGAGCAGCGAGCCUUGGCAUCGACAUCGGGCGUUGAACCUCGAUCGGUCAGCAGCCCGGGCGCGCUCGAGACGAAACCGGCGAACGCCAUGUCGACAGUGCUCGAGGAUGUCGUCGCAUUUGUGGAUGUGAGAACAGCGGAAGGCGAUGAUGCAAGCCAGCUAUUCAUCGAGAUGCUCAGAGAAAUGGGCGCCAAGGUGUACUUGCGUCCGUCGAAUGCGCCGAUUACGCACAUUAUCUACAAGUCUGGCAGACCGACGACAUAUCACUUUUACAAGUCUUGCAUCGAGCCAAAGCCAUUCAUCGUCGGCACGAGCUGGAUCUUGCAGUGUCAUGCCGCUGUCGAGCGAGUCUCAGAAACACCAUUUCUACUUGAGCUCGAGCCCGAAGCUGCUCUUCUGCCCAGAGUAUGUGACUAGCUUUUGCGGCGGAGUCAUUGCUGAUCGACGAGUCACAGAGACGCUCGUCUGCGUCUGCACCGCGCGCCAGUCUGAGUCAGUCCGCGCAGCUCGAGCGAGCGAGGGACAAGGUGGCUCAUUACGACCCGCCGAAGCGAUCGCC